AUGUCCACCUCCACUUCUCCCACGCAGGAGCUCAAGGAUGAGCUCGAGGUCCUAGAGAAGAAGGCCAUCAACCAGACCAUUCAGCAGAUUCGGUCCCUAGCGGCAGGUGCUGCUGGUGGCCUCUGCGCGGUCGUGGUCGGACAUCCCUUCGACCUCGUCAAGGUGCGCCUGCAGACGGCCGAGAGGGGCGUUUACGCUGGCGCCAUGGAUGUUGUGCGCAAGACCGUGGCCCGUGAGGGACUCGCUCGGGGUCUGUACGCUGGUGUUUCUGCUCCGCUUGUGGGAGUCACUCCAAUGUUUGCUGUCAGCUUCUGGGGCUACGACGUGGGCAAGACCUUGGUGAACAAGUUCAGCACCGUUCCCGUGGUGAACGGCACCCCGCAGUAUUCUAUUGCACAAAUUUCCGCGGCCGGGUUCUUCUCGGCCAUUCCCAUGACCUUGAUUACCGCGCCCUUUGAGCGUGUCAAGGUCCUCCUGCAGAUCCAGGGCCAGAAGACUCUGGCCCCCGGGGAAAAGCCCAAAUACUCAGGCGGUACUGAUGUCGUGCGCCAGCUUUACAAGGAGGGUGGUAUUCGCAGCGUGUUCCGCGGCAGCGCCAUGACCUUGGCUCGUGACGGCCCUGGAUCGGCUGCAUACUUUGCCGCCUAUGAGUACAUCAAGCGGUCGCUGACCCCUAAGGAUGCGGAGGGUAACGUCACUGGCGAGCUUUCCCUACCUGCUGUGCUGACGGCCGGUGGUGCUGCCGGUAUUGCUAUGUGGAUCCCCGUUUUCCCCGUCGACACCAUCAAGUCCCGCCUGCAGAGUGCCCCAGGCAAGCCCACUAUCGGCGGCACCAUCAGUGCGGUCUAUGCCAGCGGUGGCUUCAAGGCCUUCUUCCCUGGCUUCGGACCGGCUCUGUGCCGUGCCGUGCCUGCCAACGCAGCGACCUUCCUGGGUGUUGAGCUUGCUCAUAAGUUCAUGAAGAAAAUCUUCAACGACUAA